GUUCAAGCAGAAAGAUAAUUUUGUUCAAUUAAAAAUAAAUAUUAUAUACAUUGCUUGCUUGCUACAGGCAGGCAACACUGUUUUAUCUUUUUCUGCUGUCAAAAUUUGACUGGUCGUACAAAAAGUGCAAAAAGAUGCUGACUUCUCCGUUAGUGGCUGGUUUGAGGGCAGCCCGCACCUCUGUGGUGUGCACACGAAACUUGGCUGCAGCACAGCAGGCUAGCGACCCAAUUCAGAAACUUUUCUUGGACAAAAUCAAGGAAUACAAACAGAAGAGCUCUGGCGGCAAGCUUGUGGAUCCCAGCCCCUCAAUUCAGAAGGAACUGAAGACAGAGCUGGAUAAGCUGGAGAAGCAAUAUGGAGGUGGUUCCGGAGUAGACAUGACAUCGUUCCCCAGCUUGAAAUUCGAUGAGCCCAAACUCGACCCUAUUGAUGAACCAGUCUCCAAGGACAGCAAGAAAAAGUGAACGGUUUAGUUAUUCCAUAGUUAAUUUAUACAGUUAAAUGUCUAAUGCUAAUCAGAUCUUGUAUAAAAUCGUGAGCAUGAAUAAACUGUUGUAUUAGACUCUA